GUCCGGACCGUGACAGACGACGACAUCGGCCUGAGGGUGCUCCGCGAAGGCCCAGCAGACGCACCCCAGAUCGUCGACAUCGUCGCCGUCCAUGGCAUCGGAGCUCACCCAGACGAUACCUGGUGCAAGAAUGUCGGCACAGCAGAGGAUCCGCGCUGGGUCAACUGGCUCGACGCAGAAGAUAUGCUGCCAGCUGUAGCUCCGUGUGCGCGCAUCAUGCGGUAUGGGUACCAUUCGCAAUGGUUUGGGGCAGGGGCGAUGCGGCAGAAAGUAUCGACGGUGGCACAGCGGAUGCUGCUGGCCCUGCGGCGGAGAAGAGUGGACUUCCCAUUCCGCCCGCUUCUCUUCAUCGCGCACUGUUUCGGCGGGCUGGUCGUGCUGAAGGCGCUACUCGAUGCCCAGCUCGACGAGAACGACUGGCCCGGCAUCUUCGCCUCGACAACUGGGCUAAUCUUCCUCGGCACGCCCUUCCGCGGCGCCGAAGGAAUGAGCCAAGUCGAAAUGCUCGAGGCGGCGCGCCGAGAACACCACCCAGAU